CGUUGGUUGUAAACAGAGCUGAGAGAGUUUAUCUGCUGCAGGUUAGAAAGGAUGGAAGACGUUCAGCGUUUAGUAGAGAAUCCAAAACUGCUUAAGGAAACGAUAACUGACCCUCCUUCUGGAAGAUGGGACUGGAAUGAUGACACUCAGUCCCUGGAAUUCACCUGUUUCAGGUCAUCUGCAGAAAUCAAAAAGAAGAAAAAGCAGACAACAUAUACAUAUCAGGAGUAUUUUAAGAAGCACCUAGACAGGAUUUCUCAGAGCAAGCCCUCAGCCAGAGGAGGGCAGUGUGGACUGAGGAAGACUGUGGGAGCUGCUGAGCUGAAUGCCUACAGGGCUGCAGUUAAAAACUCACAGAGGAACUCAGUCUCUCUGGAUCAUAUUAAACAGGUGGCAAUCAGCUUAAUUCAGGAAAAUGAAGCCUUUCCCAUUCCACUCUGCUUUCUGACCAUCAUCAAGAGUGGAGAGAUGGAUGAUUUCCUGGCCAGUCUUCUGCUCUACCUGUCCUGCUUCUUGGAGAGGAACGCUCUGGAGGAACAUCUUGAGUCCCUCAUGGCAGAGCAGAGCGUGACGGAUACUGAGGUGAUGGCAAAGACAAGUGUUAAAGUGGAGCUGGCAAAGAAGCACCUGGCCUACUCUUACUCCCGUCUGGUGUUGGGACUGGGUUUGCCACAACAUCAUCACAUGGCCUGUGGAAGGAGAAGAGUGUCAGCCGUUUGCAGAGACAGACAACUAUUUGAGUGUCUGUAUAGCUUCUUCAGUUACGUGGCGUGGGUUACCUUUGGAAGGAAGGACCUGAAUGAGAUCCAGACUGAGAUUGGUCACUUGUUCCGGUCAGACACAUUUAAUCCUGUCCAGAGAGAUGAAGAGGAGGAGUCAGAGGAGGAAGAGGAGGACAUGUUCCAGAUAGAGGGCCUGUCUGAACCUAAGCAGCAGUCAACUGCCCCAGCCAAAAGGUCGUCUCAGCGCCGGCCAGCCUGGAGCAGUAUUCUGACCCAGUGUUCGCCCCUCAUAGUGUCACUUCUUCCUUCCCCGAAAGAUCAAGCACCUCAUCUGUUCAAGAGGUGCUGCUAUCAGAAGCAGCAGCCAGCUAGACUAAGAAAGCCUGGAGAUCUAAUGGAGGAGCUGAACCAACAGCUGUCUUCACUCAGUUUCGGUAUACUGGGAAAGCCUCUCAGCCAGUUCAGCUACACCACCCUAAUGCCGGCUAAGGACGAGGGCGAAGAUGGAGACAAUGAAGACAGCCAUGAUGAAGAAGAAAAUGAAAACAAUGAUACCAGAGCACGAGUUACUGAGAGCAAGAUCUUCUUCAAGGGUCAAAGAUCCGCAAGAACAACAGGGGGCAAGCGCAGCAGCCUCAGCCGGGCUUACACUAUGGCCUCCAGAGCCACCACAGAGGUGCUGUCAUCAGAUACAGAAUGAACAGGACUUCUGCAUGUGUAUGUUCACACAUAUAUAUAUUUUUUAUCAUUUUUAUUUCAAUUUUUUUAGUUUUUCUCUCUAUGUAUCUGGACAAUGGUCCUACCCCUCCAGCCGUAUAUCCCGUAUCACUAGUGAUGCCCCAACACCAGGAGGGUGAAGACUAGCACAUGCCUCCUCUGAUACAUGUGAAGUCAGCCACUGCCUGUUUUCGAACUGCUGCUGAUGCAGCAUUGCCGAGUAUCAUCACAGCGCACUCGGAGGAAAGCGCAGCGACUCUGUUCUGAUACAUCAGCUCACAGGCACUGUGCUGAUCGACAUCACCCUUUGAAGUGUGUGGGGAAAGAGCGCUAUCUACCCACCCAGAGAGAGCAAGACCUAUUGUGCUCUCUCAGGGCUCCAGCAGCUGAUGGCAAGCUGCAUAACUGAGAUUCGAACCAGCCAUUUUUCCAUUUAUACUCACAGUUUUUGUUACUGUCUUCAUUUGUCUCAGUGGUAAGAGAGUUUUUAUUGUAAAACCUCAAGAUCCCAUUAGAACAGAUGCAUGUAAACAUAAAUGUAGUAUUCUGAAGAAA